AUGGUUGCCGGAAAGGUAAGGGUAGCAAUGGGGUUCCAGAAGUCGCCAGCUGCGACGGCGGCGGCGCAAACUCCUCCGCAGCAGAAGAAGCAACCUUCUCCUCCGCCUUCCACGGCGACCUCUGCAACCAAGUCAUCAUCUCACAAGUCCUCAUUCUCGCGCUCCUUCGGCGUCUACUUCCCACGCUCCUCCGCUCAGGUCCAGCCCCGGCCGCCGGACGUGACGGAGCUCCUACGCCUGGUGGAGGAGCUCCGCGAGAGCGAGUCUCGCUUGAAGACAGAGCUGCUGGAGCACAAGCUGCUCAAGGAGUCCAUCGCCAUUGUUCCGGUUCUGGAGAACGAGAUCACCGCGAGGGAAAGCGAGAUUGAACGGAACAAAAAGAGAAUGGAAGAGACAGAAGCUGAGAACGAGAGGCUGAAGAAGGAGUUGCAGGAACUGAGGCUCCAAAUGGAAGAAGAGAAGAGAGAGAGCGAGGUGAGAGUGAAGGCGUUGGAGAAUGAGAUAGAAGAGCUGAAGAAAACUGCGUCGUAUUGUGGUAUCAACAAAACAGAGUCAUUGGAGAGUAACGAUCACGUGCACGAGCACGAGCACGAGCACUUUUCUUCUUUGCAGAGAUUCCAGGGGCUUGUGGAGGUUUCUGUGAGGUCCAAUCUCAUCAAAAGCUUGAAGAAAACGGCUUCGGAUCAUGGAACCGUUAACCUGAAGCACAUUGAAGUUGCAGAUUUGAAAAGAGAUGUUGCAGAAACUGAAAGGCCACGUCACUCGCGCUCUAACUCGGAGGAACUCUCCGAUUCCACUGACUCAGUUCUAACCGUUUCCGUCAGAUCUCGCGGGCCUCGAGUUCCCAACCCGCCACCGCGACCGUCUUCUUCUUCGCCGCCGUCACCGUCGAGUGGUUCUUCUUGUGAAAACAAUAAUGGCGAAACAGAGCAACCGAUUCCGCAACCGCCUCCUCCUCCUUCGUCUACGAAGAUAGCGCCACCUCCGCCUCCUCCUCCCCCGCGGAAACCUUCUUCAAAGGCGGCUCCUCCGCCUCCUCCGCCACCGCCGAAAGGAGGUAGGCUGGCUCCGGCGAAGGUGAGGAGAGUGCCGGAGGUGGUGGAGUUUUACCACUCGUUGAUGCGGAGGGACUCGCAGUCGCGGCGGGACUCAAGCACCGGCGCCGCAUCGGAGGCUCCGGCGACGGCGAAUGCACGCGACAUGAUCGGCGAGAUCGAGAACCGUUCGACUCAUUUGUUGGCGAUAAAAACAGAUGUAGAAACACAAGGAGACUUUAUUAGAUACUUGAUUAAAGAAGUGGAGGGUGCAGCAUUUACGGACAUUGAAGACGUUGUGCCUUUUGUCAAAUGGCUUGAUGACGAGCUCUCUUAUUUGGUUGAUGAAAGAGCAGUGCUGAAACACUUCGAUUGGCCAGAGCAGAAGGCCGAUGCUCUACGCGAGGCUGCGUUUGGGUAUUGUGAUCUGAAGAAGCUUGAAUCCGAAGCUUCCUCUUUCCGCGAUAAUCCUCGGCAGCUAUGUGGUCCAGCUCUUAAGAAGAUGCAGACUCUAUUAGAAAAAUUAGAACAUGGGAUUUACAAUAUCUCAAGAAUGAGAGAGUCGGCGACAAAGAGAUUCAAAGUCUUCCAAAUACCUGUAAAUUGGAUGCUUGAUAGUGGUUAUGCGAGCCAGAUAAAGCUGGCAUCUGUAAAAUUGGCCAUGAAGUAUAUGAAGAGAGUCUCUGCUGAGCUUGAGACAGUUGGUGGGGGCCCUGAAGAAGAAGAGCUCAUUGUCCAAGGUGUUAGAUUUGCAUUCCGAGUACAUCAGUUUGCUGGUGGUUUUGAUGUGGAGACAAUGAGGGCAUUCCAAGAAUUGAGAGAUAAAGCAAGGUCAUGCCAUGUUCAAUGUCACAGCCAGCAACAGAAAUUCUUUUGCAGGUCUCCAACAUUCUAAUGCUGGAGCAAACUCAGCUUCAGAGAAUUAGUAG